UUUACAUACACUCGCAUAAAUAUAAAAAUAUUUUUUUAAUGGUAUUUUACUUCGAAAGUAUAGUUGUAGAACCUCCGGCUUUGUUAUAUAUGGGAAAAGAUAAAUUUGAAAAUGAAGAGCUUAUAAGGUGGGGCUGGCCAGAGGAUAUAUGGUUUCAUGUAGAUGAUCAUUCAUCAGCGCAUGUCUAUCUUCGAUUAAAAGAAAAUCAAACAAUGGAUGAUAUUUCAGAAAAGUUAUUACAGGAUUGUUGUCAGCUUGUUAAAGCAAAUAGUAUUAAAGGCAAUAAAAUAAACAAUUUGGAUAUAAUAUAUACACCUUGGUCUAAUCUCCUUAAAACAGGGGACAUGGUAGCUGGUCAAGUUGGAUUUAAGGAUAAAUCACUAGUUCGAAAAUGCAAAAUAUCAAGUCGAGAAAAUUUUAUAAUAAAUCGCCUUAAUAAAACGAAGCGAAUACAAGAAUCCAUUGAUUUCGCUCAGUCCCGCUCUGAUAGGGAUGCUCUGGAGAGGCGAAAAAACAAAGAGAUAUCAUCUGAGAUCAAGGAGAAAGAAAAAAUGGCCGAACGCCAAAAGGUCGCGCUAGAACAAGAACGCAGUUAUGUUAACCUCAUGAACCCUGAAAAAAUGGUCUCAAACACAAAUUCCUCAAAUCUAGAAGAUGAUUUUAUGUAAUUUAUGAAUUUAUAGAUUUGUAUAUUAUGGUUUUAAGUUGCGUUGUGAAAAUGUAGCAGUGAUAAUAAGAUAAUAGUUAUUAUCAUUAUUGAAUUUGUCUAAUAGCAAUAUUUAA